AUGGUCUACUACGGUCCUAGCGCUGGCUGCAAGGCUUGUCGAACUCGCCGAGUAAAAGUAUUUGCCUCCCAAGUUCCUGCCUCAAGUCUUCUCGACCUGGCCCUUCGUGCCAUACUAAUUGCGUGGCAGUGUGACCAAACAAAACCGCACUGCAACAAUUGCACACGGCGGCGACAGGUUUGUCCCGGCUACGCUGAUGUCUUCGACGGUGCUCAUAGAAAUCAAAACAAAGUCGUUAUCCGACGGUUCGAGAAAGAAAAUGCGGCGAAGGAAGCGAGAUCAACCAGCAGUUCUCCCAGCAGUGAACCUUCAUCGGAUGUGACCUCCACGACAUCCAAAUCAUCCGCUCCCACUUCGACAAUGAACCCCAACGUUCCCCUUCAGUGGAUUAUCUAUUCGGCUCCGAGAGAAGAACCUGGAUCCGAGAACAGCGAUUCUCGACCCACGGAAGAAGCGUCCUCGACCGUGGCCACAGAUGUGCCGUUCAAUAAUUCGAUGAGCAUGAUUCCUGGCACGGUCAAACAGGAUCCCCAAGAAGCAUCCAUCUGUUUCUUUUUCCGACAUUACACGGGAACGAUCUACGACCAGCAAACCCACAACGGCUUCACGAAUAUGUGGCAGCCAUUAUAUCUGCGAUCAUCUGCAUUCUCUCCAUUACGAACCGCCACCGCGGCAGUCGCCGUCAACGUGUCGAUGAUGUGGUGUUUUCGGGGCUGUGAUACACGCCCGGCACGAAGCCUGUUCACCAAAGCCAUCGCCGCGACGCGGGAAGCAAUAAAUAACCCUUCGCAAAGUGACAUGGACGAGCUUCUUAUGACCAUUUUGGUCUUUGACCUGUACGAUUCUCUCGUUCUCCAUUACGUGCCUGAUGCAUCACCUUACGGAAAACAUAAGGAAGGAGCGCUGGCCUUGGUGAAGCAUCGGGGCAUUUCGAACUAUGCGACGGAUAUGAGCCGUGCGCUUGCAAACUCGACCCGCCAUGCUCUCUUGGAUUAUUCCCUUUCAACGCGGGUCCCAAUCCCCUCUGGCGUAGAGAAGUACUUUGACCAUCCAUCCCUGACAUUCAGCAAGGCAACCCAUCUCGACAUGCUUUCCAUUUCCAUCACCAACGCACAAACCCGUCUCUGGAAUUUGCGUCGUGAGAGUCCGUUGUUAAAAUCAUUCAGCGAGCGUCGGAAAGAGUACGAAGAAAUCAUUGCCGAGGCAAUGAGGUUGGACGAACUCAUCAUGACAUGGAAACGAGGCAUCACCGAUCAGUAUUGGAUACCUCAAUAUGUCGACCGAGAAGAAGUGGCGCCCACAAUCAGAGAAGCCGGAUUCUAUGGCAACAGGUGCCCUGUUUGGGUCGACCUAUCCUUCUCCGAGUCCUGGAACAUUUAUUACAAACGCCGCAUCUUCAUACUCCAGAUGAUCCGACAGGCGUUUGCAGACAUGCCAUGCUUGCUGAACGAUGCAAAAAGUCAGUCUGUUUUAGCAAAGGCAAAUUCAACGUUACAACUUCUCGUCGACUCCUUGUGCGAAAGCGUGCCAUUUUACAUCGGCGAUAUCAUGUCACCUACCAAUCCCAUGUACAGCCAUGGGAUUAACUUCCCCUACAAAAUCAUCACGAAUUCGCAAACGGGCGUCACCACCAGUAUCCCAGACUCGAAGUCUUCCUACAGGAUCCGCGCAGCCGCGUCCGGGGGAUGGAUGAUCUUUCCGUAUCUGGUGACAAUUUGGCGGCUGGCAGAACCCGAAGAUGAUGCUGUACCCUUCGUACUUCGCGAAGGUCAGCUGGAUUGGGUCAAGGGCCAAGUCAAGAGGUUACAGACGAUUUUCCUGUUCUGUGACCCGGUUUGGUGA